GUGGUUUUUUGCCGAAAAGAGGGGGCACUAGAAUGAACGCCACGCAACUUGAGCCUUAACGUGUUUAUCAACAACUCCCUCAAAAUACAUAGAAGCUCUUCACGAUGUGGAAAAAUAUUUCACUGGUGGCGCUGUUUAUUGCUUUCAUGGUGCUACUGGUCUUUUACGUGAUGUCAACUGUCAACUGUGGAGACAAUUGUCUUCGAUGUGAUCACUUUGCCUGCAGUAAGUGUGUGUACGGAUGGUACGGUACUGACUGCACGAAGAAAUGUCAAGGAUGUGAAGAUACGUGUGACAAACAAACAGGUAGAUGUAAACAGUGUCAGCCUGCACACUUCUCUGAUGGAUGUAAUAAGCCUUGUCCAAUGAACUGUCGUGUAAGUUUUGACGGGUUCAGGCACUGUGACCGGGACUCGGGGAGGUGCCAAGACGGGUGUGUCCCUGGUCGGUGGGGUCAUCAGUGUCAGAAACCCUGCUCCGGCAACUGUGAUCAAUCUGCAUGUCACCAGGAUGGAGGAACAUGUCUUCUUGUCUGCACCGAUGGAUGGUAUGGGCAGUUGUGUGAUGAAAGAUGUACACACAACUGCCGUGCAGGUUUUGAUGGCCAUCGACACUGUGACCGUGACUCGGGAAGAUGCCAAGAUGGGUGUAUCCCUGGUCGGUGGGGACAUCAGUGUCAGAAACUCUGCACCGGCAACUGUGAUCAAUCUGCAUGUCACCAGGAUGGAGGAACAUGUCUUCUUGGCUGCACCGAUGGAUGGUAUGGGCAGUUGUGUGAUAAAGAUGUACACACAACUGCCGUGCAGGUUUUGAUGGCCAUCGACACUGUGACCGUGACUCGGGAAGAUGCCAAGAUGGGUGUAUCCCUGGUCGGUGGGGACAUCAGUGUCAGAAACUCUGCACCGGCAACUGUGAUCAAUCUGCAUGUAACCAGGAUGGAGGAACAUGUCUUCUUGGCUGCACCGAUGGAUGGUAUGGGCAGUUGUGUGAUAAAAGAUGUACACACAACUGCCGUGCAGGUUUUGAUGGCCAUCGACACUGUGACCGUGACUCGGGAAGAUGCCAAGAUGGGUGUAUCCCUGGUCGGUGGGGACAUCAGUGUCAGAAACUCUGCACCGGCAACUGUGAUCAAUCUGCAUGUCACCAGGAUGGAGGAACGUGUCUUCUUGGCUGCACUGAUGGAUGGUUCGGGCGAUUGUGUGAUAAACCAUGUCCAGAAAACUGUCUGUGGAACAGAUGCAACCUUGUCCAGGGAUACUGUGGUCAAUGCAAGCCAGGGUUCACUGGGCCGAAGUGUGACAAACGGUGUAGGAAUUGCAUGGACAAUACAUGCACAUACAACGAUCUGCUCUCCUCUGUUACUUGUACCAGGGGAUGUGUGAGAGGAUGGUCGGAUGAGGACUGCCUGUCCCCAUGCAGCAACAGAUGUCUGGACGUUGAAUGCGACAUAAAUGGUACCUGUAAGAAGUGUCCAGAUGGUUAUUACGGUGACAAAUGUACUGUGCCAUGUGCAUCGU